AUGCGUCGAGUUCCCUAUCACGCGUGCCAACCGAUCAUCAUCUCCGGCCCUUCGGGCGUCGGAAAGGGCACACUUACCACCAAGCUUCGAGAAACACACCCCGACAAGUUCGCAACUGUCGUAUCACACACGACAAGGCCACCUCGACCAGACGAAAUUGAAGGUACCCACUACUAUUUCACGAGUAAAUCUGACUUCCAAGCUCUCUAUGCACAGGGGAUGUUUGUCGAGUGCACUGAUUACAACGGACAUUACUACGGCACAUCGCUCCAAGCAAUUCAGGAUGUUAUUGACAGAGAAAUGACUCCGUUGCUUGACAUCGAUAUGGAGGGGGUCAAGGCGAUGAAGACUUUCAAGAAACAGAGCGUGAAGUAUGUCUUCGUCCAGCCGCCAAGUUUGGUAGCUUUGGAGACUCGGCUUCGAGGUCGUGAGACCGAGGAUGAAGAGAGCAUCAAAUCACGACUCGCGCAAGCAGUCCUCGAGCUUGAGUACGCUGCCAGGCCAGGUAUCUACGACCUGACCAUCGUCAACGACGACCUGGAGACCGCAUACCAAACACUCGAAAAGUUCGCCCUCUCGACCGAACCACUCCCGCCGAAAGAAAAGUCCCUGCGCAACAAGGUGGAAACAUUAUUCGAAGAGAUCAGGCUACGAUGGGUCCACUGA